GUCAACAGAGCAAACAAGAGAAUCAACCCCGCGGCGGCCACACAAGGGGUGACCGAGGUCGCUUCCAAAGAGGCCGCUUUCACUCGAGAGGACGAAGCGGUGCUAAGGCAUACCCGCACGGCUCGGACAAAAGUCUGCUGGGAGGCGGGGCGCUUAGUGCUGGACAAAACUUGCUCUCUUUCAAGCGAGCACUGCGUCGCAAAAGGGCCGACGACGAAACCUCGAUUGUCUCUGAGACCUACAGCUGCGCGUUCAGUGUCUCGGACUUCGGUGACGUAAUGAGCGAAUACGGCUUUGACGACGGUGAGUUUUACGACGGUGACAAGAACUUAUCGGAAGAGCAAGACACGGGCCAAGAUGAGUACGCUUCAUCGAAGUUGGACGACUUCGAAGACCUGACGGAUGCCAUCUCGUCGGCUGGCAACGGGAACUCCGGUGCGCACGGCAUGCGCUCACCGCAGCCGGUUCUGGGUGCCCCCGCAGUUUUCGCUUCGUCGCCUUCGGUAGGUUGGAUAAGUGUCUUUUGGGACAUCGAGAACUGCGCGGUUCCCAACGGAGUUCCGGCGUACGACAUUGUGCGCAAGGUGCGCCAGACGUUCUACAAGGGCCAGCGGGAGGCGGACUUCUUGGUUGCUUGCGAUAUCGGCCGCAUGAAGCCCGCUGUCGUGGGCGAGCUUACUGAAGCCCAUGUCACGUUGAUGCACGUGCCGGGAGGUCAAAAGAAUGCAGCCGACGAGAAGCUGCGCUCCGAACUGCGGCGCUUUUCAGACACUUACAAGCUGACCGGCUCGCGCGUCGUGCUCAUAUCGGGCGAUGUGGACUUCGCGGCGGAAAUACACGAGAUUCGGUACAAGAACCUCAUCCAUGUCGUGCUGAUCCACAAUGACCAGGCAAAGCGGUCACUUACGGACACGGCCAACCAGAGUAUCCGUUACGCGGAGUUUGUUGCGGGCAUUAGGAAGGACGAAAAGUCGAAGGAAGCUAAAGCGCCUGUACCAACCGGGCAGCGCAAGCCAUUAACCGAAAAACCGCAGCAGGUGGGCAAGAAUAAUAAUGCCCAAGCCACCGCUGCAGUAUGCAAGCUGGCUGCAGGAUCUACACCUUCGGGACAAAAACAGGCAGUCAAGAAGCUGUCGAAAGCAUCCCAGAAAGACAGUGUUGAAGCGACAGGGUCCAUUUCCAGCGCAGAGGCGAGAACAGCUCCCGCUCCUGCGGGUGGAGGAACAAAUGGAAUGCGCGCCAGCAAUAAAAAAGAAACAAAGACAGGUGACGUCACGGCAAACGAAGCUGUUGUCACCAAGGUUGGACUUCUCGUUCGUCAACAGCCUAGGAAUUUGCAGCACUGGAAGAGCUUCCUUUCCAAACUGGACAUUCCUCAGGAUUUCAGCCUCGAAUUUGGAAAGGAUAAAGACGUCAUUUGUCUUACUUACUCCAGCAAUAAAAAGUCCAAAAAAGCUGUAGCAGCUCUGAACAAGCAGAUAAACGGGGAAGGCGACGUGGUGAAGUGCCUGGGAAUAUUGUCCGACAAGGCUGUCCGAUGUGACAUCGUACGCUCGCCGGAAGGGCCCCUCUCUUCAGAAAAAGUAAAAGACGCAAUAAGCUUUAAUGAAGCAUUACUUAAGUUUGCCAGACAAACUAUCGCUUCCCUGAAAGGUAACGAACAAGGUUCUCAGGAAAAACGUUUGGCGCUGGAGAGACUUGCCGAAUGUUACGCAGCUCAGAUGAAUGAGUUCAUCGCUACCCUGGGCAGAAUCUCAACAUCGUCGCAAGAGGCACACUCUAUUACGAUGAAGGAAGCGGACAGACUUAAGCGGGCCUCACCACUUUACAGCGUGAAAUCCAGGUUGUUUGAAGCCCUUGAGAAGCGUAAAGUCGUCUUCCUUGUGGCUCCUCGUGGAUCCGCGUCUUGCCUCGAAUUGCCCUCGUACCUGAGGGAUCUAGGGUUCCGCGUGCUCAGUAUCCAGCCCAGCGACAUCGCCGCCGAGCAGUGCGCUAAGCACGCGGUGAGCGUCAGCGGGAUAGGAGCGGUGGAGUGCUGGCGCGCUCCUGGGCAGCAGGUCAGCACGCAGUCGACGGUCGUGUUCACGACUGCGCGCCGCUUUUUUCACGAGUUCAUGCGCUGCGGAACGGCGUUAGCGGGCUUCCAGGCUAUCGUCGUCGACGCUCUGCAAGAAGACAGUGCUUACCAACGCAUAGUCCUGGCAGUGUUGCGCAUGCACUUUUUAUCUCGCGUGCACCUUGUGCUGUCUGGAAGCGAUAGCUACUCCUGCUCAUCCGUCCAGCAGGCGUUCUGCCUGGGUGACCAGGACAUACUGAGAUGUUUUGUUCAGUUCCCGGUGGAGGUCAUCUGGAAAGAGCGGCCGACGAACUUGAGUGUCGCAGCCGCAAGCGUCGCUGCCACUAUUGAGUUCUGUCAAAAAGGCGGCAUAGGUGGAAACAUAGUCGUCUUUUUGCCCUCUCUGGCGGACGCGUUCCUCGCCGACGCGCUGUUGGAAUACCGAAAGGACGCAGGUCAACUCGAGGGAACAGUGCGACACGAGGUUUUGUUUCCUGGAAACACGUCGCUGUCAACAUUCAGUUCGUCAUCGCUGAGGGACUGGAAGGUAGUGUUCGCCGUGGAAUAUCCCGAUGCCAUCGCUAGCACACUUCCAGUGCGGUGCGUCAUCGACAGCGGUCUAACGCGCACUGUCGUUCACCGCAACGGUGUCUUAGUCGCCCAACUUGCGUACAUCUCAGAAGCAGAGGCCGAAGAACGGAAGGCUGUGGUCGGACAUCGGGUGGGCGGAACGUGCUAUCGCCUGUACAACCGUGACGCGUUCGCUUCUUCGCUGUCAGUCGACGAAAAGAACUCGCGCUUCAUUGAAGACAUCGUUCUUCGCCUAGCACGACAAAUGAGCAAUGUUGCCCCUUAUCUCGAAAAGAUACCGAAGGAGCUUGUGACGAACGCGAAGAAAGCACUCGCAAGUAUAGGUGCGUUGGACUCAAAUGGACGCCUUACAGAUUUGGGCGCGAAACUUUGCGAAAACAGCUUGGAACCUAGACUCGGUAAAGUGGUACUGGGAUCACUCGACAAGGCCGUUCCUUUGAACGCUGUGCUGACCUCCGCUCUAGCUUACGAGGACCUGCUCGCCACUUACAGACCUCUUAACAAGGACGGCACAGAACGAGAAGUUCAGGGCGCUGAAGGUGAGUGCGUCUUCUCUCGAAUCACUGACCUCUACAAGAACUGGCUCGCCGUCCCCAAGAAAAUGAAGAGCGCGUGGUGUGAAGUGAAUGGCGUCAAUGAGACUUUCGUCAGUCAUCUCCACAGCACCGUUCUAUCUGUUCAGUCAGAAUUCGACGCCCUCAGGGGGAGAAACUUGAACGCGGAUUCGACAAAGCAGGACAAGGACGUUACAGUCACGGUGGCCGAACUGCUCGCCGAAUCUUUUCCGCAAGGCUUGCUCCAGGCUUCAGAACGGGGCUUCAGUAACCCCACGCUUGGAAGCAAGCUUCAGGUGUCGCCACUCUCAGUGCUUGGCGCCAAGGCUGGGCAAGCGAAGAACGUAGUAUGCUGCCUGUUCUCUCGGAUACCCGGUGCUCGAAAGCUGCAGCUCCUUAACUUUUCGUCUCUUCCAGACAGGGACGACGUCUCUAAGACUGAAGCUGUCGCACCGCUGUCGCCGUCAAAGCUUCCGCACAUUCAGAAGAGGUUCGGCCCUAUUGGGAAUCUAAUCUGGAACCAACAGUUCAACACGCAGGACGUGCUGCGCUCUCUUGAAAACAAGCUGCGGAACGAGGUGCAUGGAAAAGAGGGGUCGCUCAAAAUAGACGCCACAGCUCAGUGCAUCGUCAUCAGAGGUUCUGAGCAAUACUGUAUCGAGGCUCGACAGUGUCUUCAGAGCAUCGUCACUGAUCAGGUGGCAAAACUUGCCAGGAAGGACAGGGAGGCUCUCCUCACGCCCCCCGACUCGCCUUACAGUACACACCCCGUUCUGGCGGUUAUAGGCGUUGGAGGUCGACUGGACGAAAUCCUCUCGCCAACCAAUUUUCGUACCCUCGUGGUUGGCGACGUAAAGAUUCCUCUUCCCGAUUUCCGAAAGCUGGUAAAUAUGCUCGGAAAUAUCGUCCAGUACUGGUUUCUCAAGAAGGACAACGCCUUCCAGAUCACGUACAAGACGGCGAAAGAAGCCGACGCCGCUUACGACUCACUUUCCAAGCACCACGGCGUCGUGGUAGUCUCCGUGAAGGGACAGGCUCUAGCGUACCGCGAAGAGCAGAAGCACCGAAGGCCGGCUUUCCACGCUCAGGUGUCGCUGCCGCGACGUCGCUGCACGGGCAUCGCCUUCGCCGAGUUGCCGGACCAGGCAUCUAUGGACCGUAUCGUGGGGUCGUUGCCGCUACGUUUACAGCUCGACGGCGCUGUGGUGACUUGCGAACGGAGCAAGAAUGCAUCAUGUGAGCUCUACAUAAAGGGCUUAGCGCCAACGAUUGGACAGGCGGCUGUGGAAAAGCUCCUUCGCUCCUCGUUGCCCGUGGACCUAAAGAGCGUUCGGCUCAUUCACGAACCCCACCUCGAGACAACUCCUCCGGAGCUCCGAGCGCUAGAAGAAGCCGUGCGUGGCGUUUUCGAAAGAGAAGCUGGCACCGACGCACCAAAGCUCAGCCUCCAGAAACCGAAGAACACGGACUACGCUUUCAAAGGCUGGAUGUCUUUCAAGGACGCUGUCGUCGCGCAGCGCGCGUGCGCGCUUCUCAAAGGGGCACUGGUUUCCACAGAUGUUUCACCGGGUGGCGGUUCUGCGAUUGAAAUGCCGCUGACCGUUCACACCUUAGUGCAAGAGACCUUUUUCUUUCCCCGCCUCUUCUUCGCCGCCAUCCAAGACCGGGUCGAAGCCGAGCUGCGCCGCCAAGAAGGUAUUCGGCCUGAGGACAACCUCAAAUGUGAUGCGACGCCCUGCAGUCCAGCGGUAGUUCGCGUCAGUCUGCGUGCCAACAACCUGAACGAUUUCCAGAAAGCCGUGCAGCUCUUCAAUAGGCUGAUCAGCACAGAUACAGUGCUCCUCGAAGAAUCGGUACGGCUGGAGAUAGUAGCGGGUGUUGUCAAUGCCGUCGCACCUGAAGGUGGUGUCUACGUGAUUCGGAAACCCGGUGGAAUGCGGCUGGUUGGUGACGAGGAACUCGUCUCCGCGGUCGUGGAGGUGCUGAAGAAGCGCACCAAAGCACAGAGCAAGCACAAGAGGAAGAAAUUGGUCCUCGUCGGCGAAGAUUUCAGCGCACUGAGAUCGUUUGUGGGCAAGUUCGGCCACGACCCAUGGGAACUGGCAAAGGAAUGCAAACUGGAAGCGGCAAAUUUCGAUGCAAAUUUCGAGGCAGUCGAUGUCGUCGGGUUGGACGCAGCCAUUGGACGCGCUGAGCAGCUGGUGAGCCAACUGCCAAGGCAUCCUAUAGAAGUUGAAUCCACUUCCCAGUCUGAACGCUGUCCAAUUUGUCAUGAGCCACCACGCCCUUCCGAAGGAGACGAGGCUCCAGUGGAUGGGCAUCGUCUAGAACUGUGUGGCCAUUGGCACUGUGGGUCGUGCCUGCUGCUGGCCUUCAAGCAGGCUCCGCUGCCGCUAGCAUGCUUUGAGGAAGACUGUGCAUCACCCUGGGCGAUGGCCGACAUCGUCCAUGUGGCAGGGAACGACUCUGGACUACUGAGCGACCUUGCCCGUAGAUCAUUCGACUCCACUGUUGCAUCGGAUGCAAUCGGACGGUGGUGUCCCUGCCCCAUUCCAGAGUGCCACUUUGCGCUGGACGCCCACCGGGAUAUCGAGGAGCAAGGUGUGCAUGUCUUGGGUGACGUGCAUGUCUGCCCUGGAUGCACCAAUGCCGUCUGCUUCCGGUGCCACUCUGUGUACCACUAUGGCAUGUCAUGCAGUGCCUUCAAAGCCUCCCUGCUGCCUAGCAAUGAUAGUGCUGCCAGCAAGUCAUGGCUGGCCAAGGACCCUGGCAAGCGUCUGGUGUGCCCCUCGUGCAAGACUAACUUGGAACGCCAAAGCGCUAGCAAGGUGGAUGCCUGCUGGGCCUGCCGGCGCCUCUUCUGCUGGCACUGCCACCAGAGCUUCGAGGAUGAUGCGGCAGCUGCCAGGGGUCACCGCACGCAAAGUUGCGUCGCCGCACAUCGAUAGCACACUUCUUUUUUUACAUGUGCAAGAGCGGUUGCAGACAGCUAGGUGUUGACAUGCGAGACCAAUAUGCUGAUAACGCUGAAAUGGUGCUACUACGUGUUGCUGGUUCACAGAAGUACGUAUCACUCAUGUUCGACACACAGUGCCAAAGCUGAGUACCAAGAUACAGUCCCUGUCUGCUUUGGCGCUGUUGGUUUUAUAUGAGCGCUCAGUAACUCCCACACAGAGUUCCUCUGCUACUACACAAGAGUUGCAAAGAUGCGUUAAUGCCAUAAAACUGUCAGUGCUUCUUAAUAGUAAGGAGUUUUUACACUAGCCAAUGUUUCAUCACUCACAUAGCAUGACGCAACACAGCUUGUAAACAGCUUUAAGUUGCAGAAUAACGGAAAGGUGGGCAAGUUGGUUACAGUUCAUAGUGUAGGGUAUGGGGCAGUGCUAGUCCUUGUAUUCGUUCUAGCGCUUCCCAAUACACUACACUAUGAGCAUUAAGUUGCUCCAGCAGUGAGCUUGAGCAGAUCCAGUCAAAAGUUGCCACCAGCCCUACACAACAGUAUUCAAAUUUGAUUUGUAUGAGUACUAAAUCUUCAAGUACAAAGGUGGCCCUACAUUUGAGUGUUAUCUCUGUCUUUGGCCCUACUCUGCACUUUCUUUUUCUUUGCAUUGGGUAACAAGCUGAUGAGACAGACCAAUGAGUUGAAUGGCUAGGCUUGGACCUUUGUCUCGGUAGCUAUAGCCACUGACAGCAAUGACAGGUAGCAAGCAUUUUGAUGCUGAAAGCAUCAGGGAAGAAAGAAUGGUGCUAUGUGCAAAUGCUAUUUAGCAUACUUUGAGAGAGAGACUAGCUGAGGGGAAGGAGGAAAGCUUGCAUAUCACCCUAACUGCAUGGCACACAGCUGAAACCCGAACAUUGGUCGGUAGCUUGAGCAAAAAAAAAACAGAAGGAACAGAAAGCUGACAAAGUAUAUAAGGACGAGAGUGCGUGGAGCUGGCAGAAGCCACUCUGCGUGCUCUGAAUGCACUGCGUAGGAACCAGGAAUGCAACUUUUCUAUGCCUCAGUCUUGUCUCUGUACACCAUAACAGGCAUUCUAUAAUCAAUCCUCACCAAUCAGUAAUGUUGGCUAGGCUACCAAGUGCCGUACCUCGCAUGCAGGCAGAUCCACAAACCCAAUGAAGGCAUUAUAAAGGCCCAUUAUGUAGAAUGCAUCCAAUAGCACUUUUGAAAUGCAUCAAAUAGUGUUUAUUUAAGAACUGAUUCUGUUUAUUCUAAUUAAGUAAUUUGUGAUUCCAUUUACCUACUCCUGAGACAUGUCUGUGCCCAAGAUGAUACAAGAAGGCCUGUGUUAGCAAGUUUGGCAUUGAUUUUGCUGUUUUAAAUCAAAUGACACUGCCACGCAGUACACUUCCUCCUGCAAGCCUGUGCAUUUCUUCAUCCUGUAGCUGUGGCAUAAACUUUGUUUGUUCAGCACAGUAACGUAAAAAGGAUCAAAGCAGUUUCAGCUAAACAGGGCGACAUCAGUGCUUCAGGGAAAGGUAAAAGCACACAGAAGCAUCAUUAGACAGUCCACAUUUAGCAAAGAUUAUGCGUUACAAGCUUCAGGAAUAUGGCCCACGGCAUUCCUGCAAGGGUUUGUGACUGACAUCCCACAAGCGAUAAGGCGUUGGUCUCCAUAGUCAUAAGCAAAUUUCCUGGUGGCUGACAGGCAUCACUGUUCUGGAAAUCCAAGUGCCUACUCUUGGUCACAUCAUUUUCCAUUUCAUGGCAUCAGCUGGUUUGCCAUCUCGCUGUCAAUUUCUUGUGCUCGCUCACAAGAUGCCAUGCAUGCAUAACCCUGAAUUAAUGUGCAGGAUGUUGCAUGCUGUGCAAUGGGGCCACCAGAAAGUGACAUGUAUGUAUGUGUCGUGCAGUUGCUUUGUCACAGCUGGAAUAACACAGUUUCACAUUGCAGCCAGCCCGACUACACAUCCAUUGUUGGAAUGGUGAGCAUUCCAGUUGGUGCCUCAUGGCAGUACCAGAGUUGGUGCCUGCAUGAUGGUGAUACUGUAAAGCCUGCUUUUAAGGAACACGGCACCUGUUUGUUGUAUCUGGAAGCUUGUGAUGAAUGGACUGCCACUCAGAAAAACAAUAAAAACAGUAUUGCCAGUCAAA